UUCUCAAAAAAGCUUGGGUUUGGGAAUCUCUUCACAGUUGCGGCAGAGGAAGAGGUUUCCGAACGUUGCCGUUGUCGUCGUCGUCGCCGGGGCUAAUUUUUCGUCCUCAUUCCUUCCGUCACGAUCUCUCGGAAGUCUCUCCUCUCCGUCCGUGUAGGGUUCAGAUGGGAGACAACAAGCGGAAACGCGGGCGAAAGUCCAAAACCCGACUCCCCGAAACCCUAGAUUCUCAAGCUACGCCCUCCUCCUCCGCCGCCGGCACCUCUCCUUCCGCCGAAGACGUCGUCAUCUCCGUCAGUAACGUCGUUGACCUCGUAGACAAGCCCGCGACCAGCGAACGGCGCCGCCGGGGCCGGCCACGGAAACUCCCGGAGGCCGAGAAAACCCAAGUGGCCUCGCCGACCAGGCGCGCCGAGGCCAAUGGCACUGCUGCGGCGCACAAUUUGGUCUCCCUCGAACCAGCCUUGGCUGUCUCCACGAGGUGGGAGAGCGUGGCGAUGGUGCGGACGGUGCCGUCGAUGGACGCCGUUGUGAAGGUGUUCUGCACUCACACCGAGCCCAAUUUCUCGUUGCCCUGGCAGAGGAAGCGGCAGUACAGUUCGAGUAGUAGCGGGUUUAUCAUUGGUGGCCGGAGGGUUCUAACCAAUGCACAUUCGGUGGAGCACUAUACGCAGGUGAAGUUGAAAAAGCGAGGGUCUGAUACCAAGUACGUAGCCACUGUGCUGGCCAUCGGGACUGAAUGCGAUAUUGCCAUGCUUACAGUAGAGAAUGAUGAAUUUUGGGAAGGAGUAUCACCCUUAGAAUUUGGGGAAUUGCCUGCACUUCAAGAUGCGGUGACAGUUGUGGGGUACCCAAUUGGGGGGGACACGAUUUCUGUAACGAGUGGGGUUGUUUCGCGCAUAGAGAUUCUUUCUUAUGUUCAUGGAUCCACUGAGCUUCUAGGGUUGCAGAUAGAUGCUGCUAUAAACUCUGGAAAUUCGGGUGGACCUGCCUUUAAUGACAAGGGAAAUUGUGUUGGUAUUGCAUUUCAGUCCCUUAAACAUGAGGAUGUGGAGAAUAUAGGCUAUGUGAUCCCAACACCUGUUAUCAUGCACUUCAUUCAGGAUUAUGAGAAGAAUGGAGCAUAUACUGGAUUCCCAAUACUGGGGGUUGAAUGGCAGAAGAUGGAAAAUCCAGAUAUGCGUAUGGCAAUGGAGAUGAAACCUGAUCAGAAGGGUGUUCGUAUAAGAAGAAUCGAUCCAACUGCUACAGAAUCUGAGGUCUUGAAGCCAUCAGAUAUUGUACUCAGCUUUGAUGGAAUUGAUAUUGCAAAUGAUGGGACCGUUCCUUUUAGGCAUGGGGAGCGCAUAGGUUUUAGUUACCUCGUGUCCCAGAAGUAUACUGGAGAUGUUGCAGCAAUAAAAGUUCUCCGCAAUUCCAAAACUCUCAAAUUCAAUGUCAAACUUAAGAGUCACAAAAGGCUUGUUCCAGCUCACAACAAGGGCAGACCUCCCUCAUAUUAUAUUAUUGCAGGACUUGUUUUUACAACCGUAUCUGUUCCAUAUCUGCGGUCAGAGUAUGGUAAAGAAUAUGAAUAUGAAGCUCCAGUAAAGCUAUUGGAUAAACUAUUGCACGAAAUGCCUCGAUCACAAGAUGAGCAGCUUGUUGUGAUAUCUCAGGUUCUCGUGGCUGACAUUAACAUUGGAUACGAGGAAAUAGUGAACACUCAGGUUCUUGCUUUCAAUGGCCAGCCCGUGAAAAAUCUGAAGAGCUUGGCCAGCAUGGUGGAGAGUUGCGAUGAUGAAUUUUUGAAAUUUGAUUUGGAAUACCAACAGAUAGUAGUCCUUCGAACAAAAGCAGCCAAAGCGGCAACACUUGACAUCCUCACGACACAUUGCAUUCCUUCUGCCAUGUCCGACGAUCUCAAAUCCUGAGAUCAAGUCAUCAGUGGGUGAAUUACACGAAACUCCACCACUUCCUCUUUUCACUCUUGGUGGACUCUAUUGAAGCUCUUUUUGGGUACACGUAGAUAUGGUCCAUUGAAGUGAUCUAAACCUUAAAAGACUGAGGAAUGCGUCCGAGCUAUAGCUAGCUAGCAAUUUUUUUGACAUUAUCUAGUUAUGAGUACGAGGAACAUAACUAGAAAAUUGUGGCAGAGCCAGAGGGGAGGGAGAAGGAAAAGAGAUGGGGUUUUUCUUGCUUCUCUUUUACCCCUUCUUUCAUCUCUCUCUCUCUCUUUGGGCUGUUAGGGAACUGUCGGUUAAUGGGAUUAUAUCUUAUCAUAAACAAUGUUAGCAAGCCUCUCUCUCUUUUUCUCUCUCUCUCUCUCUCUCUCUCUCUCUUUGGGCUGUUGGGGAACAGUUGGUUAAUGGGAUUCAGCAGGGCUGUUAUGUUGCCCGGGUCCCAAUUUGUCCACGUCGGACAAAUGUUAUGUUGCUGCGGGCAAGAUAACAUUUUCGUUAUAUCUUAUCAUAAACAAUGUUAUGAAGCUUCUCUCUCUCUCUCAUUGGGCUGUUGGGGAACAGUCGGUUAAUGGGACUGUAUCUUAUCAUAAACAAUGUUAGCAAGCUGCUGUCAUUAAGGAAAUUGAUGCCAUGUUAGUGCAGAA